AUGCGGCUGCUCAAUACAAUCACAUUAGAGUUCAGAGAGUUUUACGGGCCCGAAACCGUCAGGUACGCUAUCUUAAGCCAUACCUGGGCCGAGGACGAGGAGAUCAGCUACCGGGAUUUCCUUGACCUGAACCCAGCAUGGACCACCAAGUCUGGCUUCAAGAAGGUACAAGGGGCUUGCACGAUAGCCCGAGAAGACGGUGUAGAGUGGAUAUGGAUUGACACCAACUGCAUCGACAAAACUAGCUCGGCAGAAUUGAGCGAAGCCAUCAAUUCCAUGUACGCAUGGUAUCGCGCGGCAACCGUGUGCUAUGCCUACUUAUCAGACGUGCCCGACAUCAAGCCUUCAGAGCGCGAUUCACUCCGACGUUUCCGCAGCAGUCGGUGGUUCACUCGUGGAUGGACUCUACAAGAGCUAAUCGCUCCACGGGCAGUCAUAUUCUACUCCAAGUCCUGGAAGAAGAUCGGGCACAGGUCUGACAAGUUUUUGCUCGGUACAAUCUCUGGGAUAACUGGGGUGCCUACAUCAAUUCUAACCGGGAAGGACAAAUUACACCAAAUCAGUCUUGCGAAGAAGAUGUCGUGGGCUGCGCGGCGGGUAACAACACGCGUCGAGGACAUGGCCUAUUGUCUUCUUGGGAUCUUCGAUGUCAAUAUGCCCCUUCUGUAUGGAGAGGGCGCCAAAGCUUUUACCAGACUGCAGGAAGAGAUUAUCAAAACAUCCAACGACCACACGAUAUUCUGCUGGACUCGCGAUAAGAGAGCAAACGUGCCCUCAGACUGGACGAGCAUGCUGGCCCCGUCACCGCUGGCUUUUGCCGAGUCCGGAGACUUCAUACCUAUUGAUGCAUGGGAGAACCCCUUGCCGUAUCCCAUGACGAAUCUUGGUCUUUCGAUCCACCUUCCACUUAUAUAUACAUUGACGCAGAUAUUUGUCGUUCUCGAUGCGGGACUGUCCAACGGAAUAGGUGAUACAAGGGCUUGUAUCGCCAUGCAGCGUGCGACACAGAGAAGGACAGCAACAAACAUAUUACACAGAUCUAGGUUCUUCGAGUCUCCAACGAUGCUCUCCGCAGAUGCGACGGACAGGCGGGAAGGCCAUGACUUAGUGAUUCGGUCCAGGCACGUCCCUCACAUUGAUGUCGAUUUGCCAUUUCUGAACCUGCCCAAGCGCCGCUUCAAACAUGGUAUAAUGCUUUUUGUCCACCCUACGGCUCGACAGCUUCUUUAUCCUGGAAGACACGGAAUGCCAUUGGGGUCAAUGGGCUACGAUAUAGAAAGUCAUCCUCCAGGAGUGUUUGACGCUAACACGGCCAUUUUGAGACUUCCGGCUUUUGAUGGUGGCAGCGCCCUUUUGACGUCCGGGUUGUUACGUAUAUACUUCAAGUCGCCUCAAGACCAUGACUUGUACCUGUUCUUUAGUGUUGUUUCUACGCUAGGUGGGAAAGAAGUUUGGCGCUGCAAUGUCCACUUUGUGGACGAAAUGCAUGAUUUUCUCAUAUACGCGAUGGAACAAACCGAGAGACAAAAGCGUGGAGAACGAGGUGUUACCGCAGAAGAGGUCCAUCAGUAUCUGCGGUUGGAGGCUUGGAUGGAUGGGAGCGAGGAGUUGCAAGCUCACACUCCUGACGAAUCACUCUAUGUCUCGGUUGGCGGGCAGCUGCCCAGCGAAGGGGGAACUGACCUCAGAGCUGCCUUACUCUCUGGGUCCGAGGACUCGCCACACCCAAGGCCGCUCUUUGAAGACGGAGACGUGGCUGACGAGAGUGAUGAAGAUUUUGUCGAAGUUGAGGAAGACGACAGUCAGGACAACACGUGCGAUGAUGAAGAUGCAGACGAGAGCUCUAUGAGUUCUUUUUUUGUAUCAUCUGGCACGUCAAGGGUUGACACACUAGAUCAUUCUCAAUGA